UUAGCGUACCGACUCUACUUUUACAAAGGAGGACAAGUUUGCUGAUAAAGAUGGGAAAUAAUCAAUGUCGCAAUUGCCGGAUAGAGCUCAAGACUGAUGAUUGGAAGCCAUAUUGUCGCGGGUAAGGAAGGGUCGCGUAUCGUUAGAUUUUCAAAUUUUAAAAUUAAACUUUUAUAUGUGAAACCAACCACACAUCAAAUCAGUCUUACAACUCGUGAUUUCAUAAUAUUAGCAAUUUGCAUUUUACAUAGACCACCUCUAGCUUUUAGCUUGUAGGGUUAAAUCAAGAUGCCGUUCCAGACAUUUGUUACGUAAACGUUUUGACCUUUAUCAUGGGAUGACAAUUGUUACUUCGCCCAAAAACUGCGACCGAGUGAGACAUGUGGGAACACCAUCGGUCUUUUCUAUCUCUAUUGUCUUUACACGUGUUAAGGGUCUUUUUGUCUACCAACUAGUCUGUAAUGGGGGUUGGAGACGUAUAACAUUUCAGACUAUUCUACCAACAUAAAUUGCUUUCGUUAAAUAGUUCGUUCUCCAAAACCGGACAACCUAGUGAAUGACUUCAGAUUUUAACGCUGCCAAAGGCAUAUCUAACGGAAAAGCGGACGAAAGCGGUUUUCUUUCAAAAAGGACGUAACAACCUGGCUCCGGUCGUUCAAACGUUGGAUAGCGCUAUCCACCGGAUAAAUCACUAUCCAGCGCGAUAGCUUAAUCGGUUUCCCUAGUACGUAUCCGCUGGAUAGUGAUUUAUCCGAUGGAUAGCGCCAUCCAACGUUUGAACAAGCAGGGUCUGGACAGGAAUCAUAAAAAUUUUGCUAAAAUCCACACUACACGCAGAUGGAGAACAAAGAGAAAUUUAUUAGAUGGCAACAGAGAGGUUUCCGGAAUCUUGUUGACGUGAUGAAGAGACGUUUGAGACAAAUACGUGCAUCACAAAGAGCGGGUUUAUCUUAAAAUAUGCUGCUUUAUAACAUAACUGUGGAGGAAUAUAUACAGUUUCGUGCGAAAGUGAAACAUGUCAAAGUACAUAACAUUUCAUUAACGUACAUCCCUCGGGGGUUAUGUUUUAAAUACCUUGAACUUUUAAAGAACAAAACAAAACAAAAAACAUUUAACUUUCACUUGAGAAAACUGGUUAACUUUCGACUUCCCUUGGCUUUUCUUUCGAAGUCACUGCAGAGGUCGCCAUCUUUAUCAAUCUGUUACAUAUGCCAACUAAAAAAUAUUCUGCGUUUAUUCCUCAAAAAUCUAUGGAAAUGAUUCUGUUACCCUUUUCCCUCUCCUGUUGUCCAAAACAGUGAGAUUCGAGGAAAUCUUAACGUUCUAAGUAUUUUGCAUUAAUCUGUGUCAGGACCCAAAAUAAUUUCCUUAGCUUUAUAUCGGUCCUACAUGAGAACAAUGUCAUUUGAAAUCCCAUUGUCCCCCCAUUACAUAGUUGAUAAAGUGCAAUGGCUUUGAAGCUCGCCAGACUCAUCUUUUUUUCUUUGUUAUACGUUUUUGCUGGCGUUUUUGGACGUGACCGUUCACAACGUUCGCCAGCAUUCCUAUCAACUCACAGACCUAUAAAGACGUCCCGUUACUUUCCCGGGGGCUACUUUUUUCAGUCACAAUGUGUGAAUCCAAAAAAAAACACCAUAAGGUCAGGGAGUUCGCAAUAUAAACAGCAGCGCUGUUAUUUUCAUCUCAGUUUAAUUUUUGUCAGCGUUCAUAGAACCAGUUUCUUCCGCUAACUAUGGUAAAAGCCUUCCAGACCCUUUCUUGACUGCGCGCGUGAGCAGACGUCUUAUGCUCCAAACCCCACUUUCGGAUUGCAAAAGACCUCGAUGGUUUUAUCCGCUGGAUGUGAAAAGAGAAUUUUCUUCGCCACCUACAUAUUUGUUUUGUGACCUUUUAUCUAAUCCUUUUUUUUCGCGGUUUUUUUUAGUGAUAGGAAAAUCUAGUGGCGACACUGUUUAAUUCUACUCACUGAUAAGCCUGACACUAGCCAAUUUACUUUCAUCUUGCAAAAGAGGUCAAUUAUCAGUCUUAGAUUGUUAUAUAUAAUUAAGGGCCUGUUUACAUGAGGGUGGGGGACCUCAGAUAGGUGAGGUGAGCAGGCCUGUUACCCCACCUCCAUGUAAACAGGCCCUAAAUCGUGAACUAGUACAUGGUAAUUGUUUGUCUUUCAGAUGUUAUCAAAGGGCGUUCCCAUCUUGCGAGUAUUGUAAUAAUCCAAUUCUUAAAAGCCAGGCCAGAAUAGGAAAUUACCACAAGUUCCCGUAAGUCAAAUGCUUGGUAUGUGUAUUAUUAAGCUAUAACUUGGUACAUGUAAAGCGUGAACGAGCGUACACGCGCUGAAACCCAAUCUUAAUGACUCUUCAGAGCCUCAGGUGGAAGCAAAUGCGCCUGUAUCUUUGCUAAGAUUAUCCUAUGAAACUUACGGUACCACGUGCUUUUUAAGCUUAAGAAUUCUGAUAGAAGGUACGAAAAUAACACUAACAGAAACAAGGGAUUGUGCAAAAGUACUGCGAUCUUUUUUUCUUAGCUUGGGAGAACAUCAAAUGUUGUUAACUAAUCUUAGCUUUUCGGUUUUUACUUUUUUCUGUCAGAUGUUACACUAUGGAAACAGCUAAAUGCUGUGAAUGUUUCGCCGUCGUUAAUCCUCACCAUGGAGAUGGAAUAUAUUGUGAAAAGUAGGUACCAUCGUUUGCAUUUUACCGCGUCCCAAAAAAUACAGCGGGGGUAGGGGCAGCCUGCAAGAAAACUGUCAGUGUUAUUUAAAAGCAAAUAGACUCCCAUACUCUUAUAGAUCUGCUACUGGGGACCCUCUAACAGAAUUGAUUAAAAAACUGCCUCAGCCCUCGCCAUCAAUGCUCAAAACAAAUUCGUGCCCAAGAAAAGAUGGGUGCAGUUGUGAUAAGAUCGACGGUUUUCAGCUCUUGUUUUCUCUCUGGAUGCUCUGGUUUCACUCCCUCGUGUAUGCUAAGAGUAUCAGAAUCUAUUGCUUGCAACAGAGAGAAUAAAGUGUCCAAGAAACAAGAUUACACAGAACACAGAUUAACCCCUCCAAGGUUGUGUUCUAAGGAAAAUUGGAGGGAGCCCGGUGCUCUGAAACUGUAAAAUCCAAGGUGCCCAGCAUUUGAUUUGUAUGAAAAAAAAUAAGAUUUUCUAGUCGCCCAAUGACAAAAGUUAGGACCAGGGGCCACCGGGCUCUGCUAGAGCACCUGACAACCCUGCCCUCCUAUUCCAGAGUGAAUGCUGAAGUCUUGUAAGGUAGUUUUAACUUCUGAGUCUGUGGACGAAAUCUUAUGGUGCAGUGACCAUAAAACGAAUCCUAUCUGGCAGCUAUUUCAUAUAGUACAGGGGCACCCAACGACAAUUUUCGCAAGAAUAUCUGUUCGGAAGACGAUUUGAGAUCUGGAAUUUUCGAAACAUUUGUUGUAUUGUUUAUUUAGUUUGCCUAUUUUUAAGCGGUUCUAAAAAAUUCUAGUUUUGAGUCUGUGGAUGAAUCCCUAUUAUUUUCGGAUUAUGGUGAACAGAUGAAAAAAUUUUAGGGGAUAAAAACCAUUCCGUUUAAAACUAAAAACGUUUAACCAUGCAGAACUAUAUUCUACUUUCACAUGGUACUAUUUAUUUAGUACGUAGUUCUAACUUUUGAGUCUGUGGAUGAAAUCCCAUGGUGUCACCAUUCAAACGAAACCUCUCCAGCAGUACUUUCACAUGAUACUAUUUAUUUAGUAUGUAGUUCUAACUUUUGAGUCUGUGGAUGAAAUCCUAUGGUGUUAUCAUUCUAGUGUAACCUCUUCAGCAGUACUUUCACAGCUCUUUUGCUUUUUACAUUUUACUAAUUGGAAUUUGAAAGUUUUCGGUGGCGAAAUUUGGGUCACUUUUGGAAGUGAAAGGACACUCAUCCUUCACUCUGACAGUUCUUAAGCUACCUUUUUUGGUCAAUUUUUUUAAAUGAAUACUAGUAAGAGGAUCAACUUGACCAGAGGAUCAUCUCAACUUUUUAAAAAAUAUUUCUCUGGCCUGAUCUCUUAGACUUCAUCAGGGAGUUUAACAAGAUAGUCAUAGUAGAUUGAAGGAACUAUCUUAUCCCUAAGUAUUAUGGUAAAAAUCACGUAGUGCAGUUAGGGUGUGAACAGCAAAUCACCCACAAAGGAUAAGGGUAGGAUGUGACGCGGGGCUGUACCAUACGAAAGUAACUCAACUACGUCACGUUAAAUCCAAGAGCUCCAACAUUAAACAUUGCACACUUUGCUACGCAGGAUUGUAGUCAUAUCUUGCACGUACGUAUAUAUAUUUAGUGUGUGUAUAGGUUUUCCUGUUUUGCUACUGACACCCUUAGCUGGGAUCUUGUCCACAGUAACGUUUCUUUUUUGCAAUCGCGGUAAAAGAAGUGUGAUCAGACGAAAGCGGUCAGAGAAAUAGAAAACAUUAAAAAGAUACGUUGCUUUGUACUGCUCACUAGUAUUCAUCAAUUUAAAAAAAAAAUAAUGAUGACAAAUAUUAAAUUACACAAAAUGAAUCGCCUACAAUUGGUGAUCAGAAAAAUAUACAGUGCGUCUUUGAAAAUCCCCACCCCACCCCCAUCACUUUCCUAAUGGCCUGUCUCUAAGAGGUAAAAUCGCAACCAGUUGUAACGUGUCGCAUAUGUUUUCUCACUAUGGUGCUGGCUGGUCGCUGGUUUGUGUUUUAGUGCAAUCGGCCUUCUAUACCACCACAUUUUUGAUAGUGCAGGUUUAGCCUUUUACUCAGCUUGUAUUACUGUAAAGAAAGUCCUAAACGUUAACUUUCACAUGAAACAAGCUAGGCAAGCACGCUUUAAAAAACCCUAAAACAAAGGAUUGAGUGUCUACGUCAACGUUUCACUUGUGCGUGCGUUUGCGAAUGCGAUGAUUAGGCCAGCGAAUUAUCGAGAAGCUAGUGCAUGGAUGGCACGUGUAGCGUAGUGUGCGUGGCGGGCGUCGAAAGGUGUAGGGGAUUGGAAGGAAGGAAAAAGGCGCUUUUCUCGCUCUCCCCCUUCCCCCCUCCCCCCUCCCCUCGUGUAGCGUACUGUAUGAAAAAAGGACAUUGGAGUUUGGUCUUUAUGAUUCUCACAGCUAAAAACCGGUCGAGCCCUUUUGUUCUUUCUUCAGUAUCACUAACACAGCGAUAUUUUUUCACUUUUAAUUGGAAAUUUUAACGACACUGUCACUGUGUGUUGUUUCUGCAGAUGUUACGAUGUAAAAAACGCUCCUCCUCUUAAAAUGUACAUCAAGUAUAGGGACAACGAGUUUAGCCUGCACUCAAGAGAUGAAAGGGUGCUGGAUGCUCUGAAGGUCUUCUCAGAUGGGUUGUUCAAUGCCCUUCAGAGAAACGCAAGCCAGCGCUCUCUGAUCCAAGAGCCUCCGGACAACGGACAAAGCAGCUACUGGAACUAUACCAAGUCUUAUUUGGAAUAUCCAGUCAGAGGAAUUAGAAACUUUGUUGGUAAAAGACUUCUUUCCCAGAACUGAAAAACCGUAACAAGCUUAUCUGUUUCAGGCGUUCAGAUGUUUUUCGCUUCGCUAUCCAGCCACUUUGUUCUUCUUUCCAAUAUCUGAAUGCCUGAAGCAGGCUUACAGCAAGUCCCCUACGCGGAGGCCACGUGACAAACGUUUUUCUUUUCUUAGACUGAGAGAAUGCCAGAGUGCAAAGUUUCCUAACAUUGCCUCGAAGUAACUAACCUCGAAAAGUAGCCACCCUCCGAAAGUGGCGAUAGAAAAAAGGGUGCCGAAAUUCGAAUGUAAUGGAAACCCGCAGGGCCGUUGCUUUCGAAACUUUGCGGCGUAACAAAAGUAAAGAGGGAGCUCUGAUAUGUAAA